AUGGAGACUACUACCCCAGCGGGACAGCCUAUCGUCUCAAGGGAGAAGACGGCCCCAUUUCUCAUCCGAACAUUUGUAAAGGUUGGGUCAUUCCAUAGGCUGACUUUGUUCGAGGAGAACACUCUGCCAACCGCAGACGAACAACAGAUUUACACCUGGAAAGAUGCCACCUUGCGUGAAGUACUGACGACUCUCCGAAACGCUGCACCCCAAAUACCAGAGUUUCGCCACCCUUUGGCUCGUUAUUCCUUCCGUGCUAUAUACGCAGACGCAGCAAACAGGGGACGCUUUGCACAGAAAGAGCUUGGUAUGGUGUAUUCUCGCGAUAUCCUGGGCGAACCAGGUACUCUUGACAGCCCCGCGGCACGCCUGCUCAGCGACAUGGAUGGCGAAUCCAGAGAGCAGACAGAGCGGGAGAAAGAGGAGAGGACUCUUGAUGAACUUCGAUUCGUGCCAGGAGACUAUCUUUGCGUCUCUAUUAUCCUUCCAAAAGCCGCCGCGGCUGCAGUAGCUGCAGCCACCCAGGUUGAGAGCACUGUCAAGAUUCCAGUCCAAAACGGCUGGAGAUCCGUACCAGCAGCACGGCAGAGUGAUGCAGGUUGGGGAGCAGCAGCUCCUGCUGGCCGAGGUGGGGGUCAUUGGCGAGGGGACUCCAACCCUGCUCCUCCCAGUGGUCCACGAGGAAGAGGUGGUGGUGGUGGUGGUGGUGGUGGAAGGGGUGGAGACUUUGCUGGAAGAGAUCGCGACUUUGACCGCAACAGAGAUUCGGAGAGACGUCUGCCACCAAGGCGCGAUUCACCACCUCACCGAGGUGGCGGCUGGGGUGGUAGGGGUGGCAAACGGUCACCAUCAGGUUCGCGGUCAAGGAGCCCACCGCGACGCAGAGGAUCUCGUUACGACUGA